AUGAAGAACUCUGUUUUCGCUACUGCCGCCCUGGUGGCCGCUGCCGCCGCUGACAACGUUGGAAGUGCCAUCGUCGUUAACAAGUGCAACUACGAUGUUACUCUUGUCAACGUCCCUUCCUCUGACGGUGGUUACUCCGAGAUUGACAAGACUCUGUCUCCCUACGACACCUACACUCAGGCCUGGACCUCUCUCAGCAACGGAAACGGUUGGUCCAUCAAGCUCUCCAACAGCACUUCCCUGGAGAACAUCCUUCAGUACGAGUACACCUACCAGAACGACGGAACUAUCUGGUACGACCUGAGCGAGGUCAACGGAAACCCCUGGGAUGGCGACUGGGAGAUCACUGCCGACUCCUCUUCGUGCACUCCCAAGCAGCAAGCUUACCGCUACGCUACCGAUGAUGCCUACGGCAUGCAGGCUUGCCCCGCUGACUCCACCAUCACUGUGACCCUCUGCUCCGGCGAGGAGCAGAACGAUGGCGCUGCUUCUUCCAUGUCUUCUUCCGUUCAGGCCCAGACCACCACUUCCAAGUUCUCGACCACUGUUCCUGCUCCUACCACCAGCGCUGCUCAGGCCCCUACCACCACUUUCCAAACUUCCACCAUCACCCAAGCUGCUAGCUCCGACAGCGGCAACAGCGGCGAUGUGAUUGUUACCGCCACCUACGUUGUUACCACCACUCAAUGGAACCACCACUGGGGCAGCUUCACCAAGCGCGACCACCACCACCGCCGCCACCCUCACGGCAACUAA